AUGGUGUGUUGCAUCUCACCAUGGCAACCAGCAGGACGUGCUGGAUCAGCAAAUUUACAGCCGCAUUCCUUAGCUGGUAAAUCAAAGACUAUAGGUGCGACAGCCGAAACAGAAAGUGUCCUUUUGCUUAGUGAAAACAUUGCCAAUCGCAGCGAAUCUCCUCUGGAAUUUAAAGCAACUGUUUUUAAAGUGUUUUGGGAAAGUCAACU